AUGAUUAAACGAUUAAAAUUUAAUACAGAGUAGAUUAGAAGAGCAUCUAGUUUAUUACAGAAAAUCGACCUGAGGAUGAGUUAAAGGGAUUUUUCUAAGUAUGUAAUCAUGAGAGUACAGUUAUCAAGACAUCAUAGAUAUAAUGAUUUUUAUACUUCUGAAACCAUGUGAGCUAAGAUCAUAAACAGAUGUUGAAUUGUUAAAAUAUGCUACAAGAUCGCUUGAUUUUUUUGCAAAUUUGGGUUCUGAUCUUUUACAUGAAUAAUGUUGUAGGAAUUUGAAACAUAAAUAUGUUCCAAUUGGUUAUUUUAUAUUUAAAGAAGGUGAAUAAGGAGACAAUUUUUAUUUUAUUAUAAGUGGACGAGUACAAGUAUUAAAAGAUUUCAAUCCAUAAGAUUUAUAAGCAUCAAUUUUUGAUAAUGAAAUAAAAUAAUUGUCAAAUUUUGAGACUUUUGGGGAGAGAGCUAUGGAUUCUGAUGCACUUAGAACUGCUUCAGUUAGAGCUAUUGAAAAUACUCAUUUAGCAUAUUUAAAUAAGGAUAGUUAUUAAAUAAUAGCUAAAAGUGUUAAAAAUCAUUUAAAGAAAGCAUAUUUUGAAGAAUUUGCAAAUUUAGACUUUUUUCUUAAUUGGAGAUUUUAAGACAUAAAGGUGUUUUAUGAUAGGACAUAUGUAAAAAGAUGUUCAAUGAAUGCUACUGUAUAUAAAGAAGGGGAUCCAUUAGAUUAUGUAUACAUAAUUAAAAAAGGAGAGUUUAAGAUAGUCAAAAUAAUAAAGACAUCAACAAUAGAUUUAAAUGAAAUGUUUAAAGGUGAUUUUGAAAAGAUUUUAUGUGGUAUGAGUACUUCUAAGACUUAUACUAUCUCUGAAAGAUUAGAAGCUAGAUUUUAAAGUAAAAAAUAUGGAAAUAUAUAUUAUUUAGAAAAGAAAAAACCUGUUACUAUCAAAUAUAUAACGGCAGGAUAAAUGUUUGGCGAAAUGGAAUUUUUAAUGCAAGUAAACUUUAAGUAUAACUAAAUCAAAGAAUAAUAAUACCAGAAUCCACUCUGUUUAUUCUGUUACUGAUUAAUCAGAACUUUAUAUGGUCAAAAAAGAAUAUUUUGAAAUUAUUUUAGAUAAGGCUCCAUCUAUUAAAAAUGCAUUGAUCUAAUAUCAUAAUAGAAAAAUCAUAAUUUUAUGA